AGGCGGGCACGGUAGUCAGAGCUAGGACAUAAAUAAAAGGUACAAGAAGGUGCAAGCACAGAUACAGGUAAGAGGUGAGUACGUUAGUGUAUAAGAGAUCCUGGUGUGAAAGGCUAAGUGCCUGUACGUGAAUGCACAAGUGUUUGUAAGGCUGCCUGGAGGAGUACAUACCACAGCGGUGUACGUGCAGGAGGGAAGCCUUGCUUGAAGCAGGUCUGGUGGUGCUUCAAGAGGACAUGUUAAGGUCCAUUGCAACCAUGAUGAAAUCUAGAUGGGUGCAAGUACUCCUGAGUCUGGCAGUUCUGUCCUUCCUGAUCCACUUCCUAACCUGCAGCAAUGCCCCCAUGGAAGAAAAGCCUUCUCCAGUCCACAUCCUCAUUCUCUCCUCCUGGCGGUCAGGAUCUUCCUUCACUGGACAGAUCUUCAGCCAGCACCCCAGUGUCUUCUACCUGAUGGAGCCUGCAUGGCAUGUGUGGGUUGCUAUGUACCAGAACAGUGCCAAAGUCUUACAGAUGGCAGUGCGGGACCUAGUCAGGUCAGUCUUUCUGUGUGACAUGUCUGUGUUUGAUGUCUACAUGUCUACCCAGAAGAAAAAGUCUGAUUUAUUUCAGUGGGAGACAAGCCGAGCCUUGUGUUCCCCCCCUGCCUGCGACUUGUUCAGUCGCAAUGACAUAAUCACUGCAGGAAAUUGCAGGACAGUCUGUGGCAAGUACCCAUUCAGUAAGGUGGAGGAAGCCUGUAAAACCUACAGCCACAUUGCCAUCAAGGAGGUUCGGUUCUUUGACCUGAAAGUCCUCUACUCCCUUUUCACUGAUCCAUCCCUGAACCUCAAAGUCAUUCACUUGGUCCGAGAUCCUCGAGCUGUGUUCAGGUCCCGAGAGAAUACAGUGGUAGACCUGAAACGUGACAGUGACAUUGUUCUGGGGUCCCAGAAGAUGAAGGGAGAAAUGGGACCCUACAAUGCUAUGCAAGAAAUCUGCAAAAGCCAUGUUGAGAUUUACAAGGCAGGCAGGCAGGCUAUUCCCAGCUUCCUGAAAGACCGUUACCUGCUGGUUCGUUAUGAAGACAUUGUCAGAGAUCCACUAGCAAAGGCUGCUCAGAUGUACAGGUUUGCAGAACUCCAUUUCACACCAGAACUUCAGAAAUGGGUGCACAACAUUACCCAUGGGAAGGGGCAAGGAGGAAAUGCCUUUGAGAUUGGAUCCAGAGAUGCGCUGAGCAUAUCCGAGGCCUGGAGGAAGACCCUUCCCUUCCAGAAAAUAGAAAAAGUACAAAAUGCAUGCAAGGACGCGAUGGACUUACUGGGCUACCGGCUAGUUCAUUCUGAAGAAGAACAGAAAAACCUGUCGCUGGAUCUUUUGUUUGGCCAGAACUCCUCUGAGUAACAAAUUCAAAAGGCAGAAAAGCUGCUCGUUGUACCUCCUCUCUGAAGGCUGCAGGGUGGAGAACUGUUUACCAGUGCAAAAGAGGACAGAGGGGCAUCUGUGUGUGUGUAUGUGAUGAGUGACACAGGAGCCCUGACUGCACUCAUGGCAGCUUUCCCAGCAGCACAGGCUCACUCUCCAAGGCCACAACACAGGAUGGAGUAAUGCAAGUCUGUUUUCCAAAUUAAGUCCAGGGUAUAUGCAAAAGAGGAAUUAUGUGUGUUGGGAGCAGAGUUCCGAAGGAGUGGGACCAGAUAUCAGAGCUUGAUCUCCCACAGGCUGCAGCUAAGUACUAGUGAAACCACAUGAAGCAACUGCACUGUAGAGGAAGAGGAGACAUAAACAGAAGCUGAAUAAAGAGAACAUUCUUUGUCAUGCUGCCACUCACAACAUACAGUGCCAAAAGAAGCACAAGGGUAACCAGAUGUUGUUUUCUGGGAAGAUCCUUUUUUCAGAAUGGCUAAGUUUUCAAGUUCAGUCUUUCUUUUGUUCCAUUCCUGUGCCUGAGCGUCCAGCACUGGUGGUAACGUUGGCAAAAUGUCUGUGUUCACUUACUAUGGAAUAGGAAAUUUGAAUAAACCAUCUAUAGCUGAAAGUGAAAAUUCUUAGGUUUUUGUAUGGGAAUCCAUUACUGGGACUAUGUCAAUCCAUUUAUUUUUCAGCUGAAAUAAUUCUGUAUCCAGCUUUCACAACUAGGAGCAGUUCUUGCCCUGGGAGUUCUCACAGCCCACAUGUGUGACUGAGAAGAAUUCAUGCUAAUGUUGAGACUGUAAAGACAAGGUAAGGACACAGAUUCCAUUGGUAUAAAUACUGGAACUGACAACAUAGGUUCAUGGCAGUGGAUUGAAAAAGCUGAGAGGAGAACAGGAAGCUCUUCUAUUGAAUCAUUUGUUUCAACACAGUAUUUCCUGUCUUAGAGCACAAUAAAAUUAUGUUUAAUAAACUGUGCCAUUCUGCACCAUCUCCUAUCCCCAUUGGAGAUGCCAUUCUUCUGUCUCCAUUGGGAAUAUGGGUAGCUUAAACCUGAACAACAGAACUAUUUUGGCAUAUUUUUUAACAGUGUUCUGUAAGACAAGGAGAAAAGCUUGUUAGCACGCUUAGGGAACGAAACGUCCACAAACAUCUUCCUCCAAACAUCCCAUUUCAUGUGUAAAUUGCAGGGUCCUUUCAACAUGUGUCAGUUUAACAGUACAUUCAGAGCUACUUGUUCAAAAAGUCCUCUGGGACCUUGGUUUAUGUGGAUUGUUUUCUUUAAACAAAUCUU